AUGGACGAGACUGGCUUUCGAAUUGGCUGUGGAAUCGUUCAUUAUGUCAUUACUUUGGACAAAAGUAAGCCUCUACGGUUCGUAGAUCCAGACAAUCGUGAUUACAUUACGUCCGUUGCUAAUGGCUACUCGAGACAAAUUGCCGAGCGAGACAUUGAGGCCAUUCACAAAGAGGCCGUAGUCAAGCGGGCACGUAAGACACUUUCUGGGACGGUUGCCCAGAAGGGAGGAUGGAUGUCAGUAGAUCAAAUACGCAAAUCUCUGACUGUGGUGGAAGAAACAGCCAUAGAAAAGGCGGAGAAGGCUCUGAAGCGAGCUACUCGGGCUGAGGAAAUUCAGUAA